UCCCGAUAAGGGUGAAGUUUCCAUGAUAAGCCAGCAAAGGGUAUUUCUACACCUCCAAGCUUUUCAGCAUUCGUGGAUGAACAUUCGUAGCAUCGACGUGAAUUAAAUAGUUAUAGCAAGAAACAUGAGAGUGCACGAAUUUUUAAUAAUCUUGUUCACGAUCGGACUCGUUGCCUCGCAAUCGGGGGAACAAACGCUCAAGUGCUUCAAAUGCGACGGCGAUUCGUGUAAAGAACAGAAAGUUUCCACGGAAAUGUGCAAGAUAAAUCCUCCAGACACGAAUACAACCCCAACUGAACCAUCGACUGAACCAUCGACUGAACCAUCGGCUGAACCAUCGACUGAACCAUCGACUGAACCAUCGGCUGAACCAUCGACUGAACCAUCGACUGAACCAUCGGCUGAACCAUCGACUGAACCAUCGACUGAACCAUCGGCUGAACCAUCGACUGAACCAUCGACUGAACCAUCGGCUGAACCAUCGACUGAACCAUCGACUGAACCAUCGGCUGAACCAUCGACUGAACCAUCGACUGAACCAUCGGCUGAACCAUCGACUGAACCAUCGACUGAACCAUCGGCUGAACCAUCGACUGAACCAUCGACUGAACCAUCGGCUGAACCAUCGACUGAACCAUCGACUGAACCAUCGGCUGAACCAUCGACUGAACCAUCGACUGAACCAUCGGCUGAACCAUCGACUGAACCAUCGACUGAACCAUCGGCUGAACCAUCGACUGAACCAUCGACUGAACCAUCGGCUGAACCAUCGACUGAACCAUCGACUGAACCAUCGGCUGAACCAUCGACUGAACCAUCGACUGAACCAUCGGCUGAACCAUCGACUGAACCAUCGACUGAACCAUCGGCUGAACCAUCGACUGAACCAUCGACUGAACCAUCGACUCAACCAUCGACUCAACCAUCGAUUAGACCAUCUGAAUCACCGACCACGGCUCCAACCGAGAAUAAAUCAACGGCCACGGCUUCAGUCACGACUAACUCAACGACCAACGCUUUAGCCAAGAAACUUGACAUGAAUACCGAUAGAAAGCGUAGAAGUGUAAUCGGUCGGUUCCCACGAAUACAGUCCGUUAAUGGCAACGUUACAUAUCACUGUUAUUUAAAAAUUGAGAAUGGCACGGAAUCCAGGGGUUGUACCACGGAAGAUAAUUUCUGCAAAAAUAACAAUUCUACAUGUAAACUCUGCGAAACGGACGAAUGCAAUUCGGCAACGUCAACUGUUGUAUUUACAUCUAUGAUUUUCUCUUUGGCAGUAAUCCUAUUAUUUGUAAGAUAAACUAAUAGUUUUCUUAUCUAUCGUAAAGCCACCUUUUUUAACAACAACAAUCAACAAUGCCUCAGCAACGAUCAACUAGAUUUUUCCAUUUCUUCUUGAUAAAAAAAAGACAUUGUAUCGAACGGACAUAGAGUUUUAUAAAUUUAACAGUAAGAAAGAAGUGGGAUUCUAUUGACAAUUAUAACUAAAAUAACAUAUUGUACAUAUAUCUAUAAAGGUGUAAAAUAAAAGCUUUAUUUAUGUAAUUUAA